AUGGCUACGGCGCUAUUUGAGUGGUUCGUGGGAUUGUCGUGGGCAUUUUACAAACUAAGCGAAGCAGGGGUGCGAUUGUCACUAAGAAGGCUGCAGCAGCGAGUCGAUCGUAGCACGGAGACUGUCGUAAUGGAUCCAGAUGUGGGGAAAAUAGCGAAAAAUCUCGUGAAGAGUGUCGCAACGGGGGAGUUUUGUCGCCUCUCUGCGAGGCAGAUCAGCGCCCUUAAACCUCAGCUUGAUGCCAUCAACGUUCGGUUGAUAGGCGUUGGCUUGGAGGAAUUGGGGCUCGAUGACUUUCUGAAAGGAGAAUUUUUUACUGGCGAUUUAUUUCUAGACGUAAAGAAGCAAUGUUAUAAAGAUUUAGGUUUUAGAAGACUCAACUUUUUUAGUCUUUUCCCUGCCAUCAUGGCCAAAGUUUCCAGAGAUGCCAUGGACAAGGCCAAAAAAGAGAAGAUAGAUGGCAAUCUUAAAGGAGACGGAAUGCAGAACGGAGGGAUACUCAUCGUGGAAACAGGCGGUAAAUUGUUGCUGAGCUUCAAACAAGAAAAUCCAGCCGACCACUUAGAAAAUCGUGAGAUACUGAAAGCUGUUGGAAAUAAAAACGAGGAAAAACCUGAACCACCACCGACGGAAGAAGGAGCCAAAGGGUCAAGUGUUGACCAACCAGAACAAACUAAACAACCCUCAUAGGUAACAUACAGCAGUGGAUUUUUUUUAUGCUGACAAUCUACAAACAGAAAUCCUAUUCAAUUUUGUGUGCUGGUGCUGUGUCAAGAAGACUUAGGUCUAUUUAUUUAAUAGUGCUCGCUAGUUUACAAGAUAAGAAUUCCAGAAUAUGUAAAUUAAAUGUUUAAGUCUCUGUGUACACUAAGGCCAGAUCAUAAUAUACCCGUGUUUCUGAUAACAGUUGUGAAAACUAUAAUGUCUAAAUAUAUAGGGUAUACCUGUUAUAGGAAAACUAUUUUAUUUUUCAUAACCAUUUUAUAAUGGUUUAAUGAAAGAGAUUAACCUGAAUAUAACAGUUCUUGUAUAAAAUUUGUAUUAAAAAUUGCAUGAUUGGAAUCAGAUUUAAGGCUUUGUAAGAUAAUUGGAAAAACAGGUUACUUUUUAGGCCUUAUCGCCAUUGAAUGUUAUGUGUUGUCGACCAGUUUAUGUUUAAUUGACCUGUGCUAAAUAUGAGAGAAUAGUGUUGAAUACAUUGAAAUCUUAACCACUCCUUGUAGAUUCAUGAUGCCUCAUCUUUUAAACCUUACGAGGUCGGGAUUUGGCUGAGUUGUUCCCCUUUGGGAACUUUCUAUUGUGUGGUAUAACAUUUCGUUGUACUUUUCACUAUUUCACUGUUAAUGUGUUGUAUAAUUGUUCAGCUCUGUAGAGUGGCUAUAUAUUAUUGAGUGUUGAGUAAAAGCAUCAAAAAGAUUUAAAUCUGUUUAUAGCGAUUUAGAGUGGACAGUCAAUUGUUGUUUGAAAUGUCUUUGGACAUAUUGAUGAGAUAAUUAGUAAGUAUUUUGAAUAAAAUACUCAAUAAUGACAACUUACAUCAGUUUCAUUUUCAGUUGUUUUAGACAUUAGAUAACGGAAUGUUAGAAUUACAACCUUGACUCUACCAUAAUGUACAGUAUAUUUUUGUCUCUUGGUCUCUUUAAGGCAUUUUUCAAAAAAACAUCUUGUUCAUAUGGAUUUCUAGUCUAAUCACAAAAUAUUAUCAAAAAGGUCACUUCAGGGAAUUUUUCAUUAAAACAUCUUGUUCACUUAUUUAGAGAUUGUGUACUUGCAUUUGUCAUAGUAUUUAUUCAGUGUCCAUGUGCUUUUACUGUAUACAAUAGGAGAAACCAAAGGGGAAAUUUCAAUGCAGAAAUUGAUGUUUGUUGUAUAUACCAGAAAUAUCAUAUCAAAUUGUAUUUCAAAAAUCUUUUAUAAGUUAAAAUGAUAAAUGAAAAAAAUGCUAUUUAUUCAUGUUUAUUUAAAAGAUAUUUGAGUUAAAACACUUUAAUUUUCCUUUACAAAAUGCAUUUUGAAGGGUCCUAUUUUAUGUUCGAUAUAUAUUCCUUAUAGUUUGUCAUUAAUCAUUCCAAAUGACAUUUCAAGUGAUAACUGUAUAAUCGGAUUAAAUAUCCUUCGAUACAUGUUGUCUGUGUUAAAUCACAUCUUAUCCAUACACUCAACAAGACUUUUCCAAGACUUUUAAUAAUCAAUAAUCUAUAUUCAUACCAUAUUUAUCAUUGUUAUAUUCAAAUAAAUCGUUAAGUACUA